AUGGAGCACCACAGCGGCCGCAUAGCAGAAAGGAGAAAAAAAUCCUUUGGAAUUGAUAUAUCCAGUCCGAUGCUGAAGAAUCCAGGUGCAGUCCUCGUUUUCAAGCCGAACACGAAGAGGGAGGAGGGUCGCAAGACCCAGCUGUCCAACAUACAGGCCAGCCGCGCAGUGAGCGAAAUCGUGAAGACGACGUUAGGCCCCAUGGCGAUGCUGAAGAUGAUGCUGGACCCACUAGGAGGCAUAGUGAUAACCAAUGACGGAAAUUCCAUCCUUCGAGAAAUUGACGUGGCACACCCUGCAGCAAAGUCACUGAUCGAAUUGAGCAGAUCACAGGAUGAAGAAGUAGGAGAUGGAACUACCUCGGUGGUAAUCCUCUCGGGAGAGUUACUUAGCAUAGCAGAGAUAUUUCUGAAGCAGAAGAUACACCCAACUAUUAUAGUGAACUGUUACAUGGAUGCACUGAAUAAGGUGGUGAAAUUUUUAGAGUCUAUUGCGAUUCAGGUAGAUGUAAACGAUGAGAAGAGUUUACUGAAGGCCAUCGAUUCAUGUCUGAGCACCAAGUUUGUGAACAGAUACAACAAAAUGGUAAGUACCUUAGCUCUACAAGCAGUACAGUGUGUAAAAGUAGAAUCCAACGUCAUGGGAAGGAAAGAAAUAGAUAUAAAAAGAUAUGCAAAAGUGGAGAAGAUUCCUGGAGGGGAUAUCACAGACAGCUAUGUAUUGAAAGGAGUGAUGCUAAACAAGGAUAUUGUUCACCCAAAAAUGAGGAGAAGAAUCAAGAACCCAAGGAUCCUUCUUCUAGACUGUACCUUGGAAUAUAAGAAGGCGGAAAGUCAAACGAAUGUGGAGAUCCUUGAUGAGGAGACGUGGAACCAACUCCUCCUACAGGAAGAGAUAGAAGUGAAAAAGUUGUGUGAACACAUUAUAGACAGUAGAUGUGAUAUCGUCGUUACGGAAAAAGGAGUUUCUGAUUUGGCACAACAUUUUCUCGUUAAAAAAAAUAUUAGUGUUAUUAGAAGGGUGAGGAAAACUGACCUGAACAGACUUGAAAGAGUCAGUGGUGCUACCAUUGUAAAUAGAUGUGACGAAAUAGUGGAAAGCGAUAUCGGAACAAAGUGUGGACUAUUCGAAGUGAAGAAAAUUGGAGAUGAUUAUUACGCCCACUUUAUAGAAUGUGAGAACCCACGGGCAUGCACCAUUCUGUUGAGAGGAUCAACGAAGGAUGUGCUGAACGAAGUCGAGAGGAACCUUCACGACGGAAUGAACGUUGCAAAGAAUAUCAUUUUGGAGGGAAAACUACUUUACGGUGGUGGGUGUACUGAGAUGAGGGUAGGACAACAUCUGAUCAGUCAAGCUAGCCAAUAUGAUGAUUCUAGAAAAAGCAUAAUGGAAGCUGUGGGUUCUGCGUUAGAGAUCAUUCCAAAAAUUCUGGCCCAAAAUAGUGGAGCUAAUGUUGUAAAAACGAUCAAUGAACUCAGGAUAAAACAUGAAACCCCAGGGGGAGAGAAGUUUGGGGUGGAUGGUAUCACGGGGGAAAUCAUCGACGUAUCGACCAAGAACAUUUGGGACCUGCUUGCUGUGAAGAAGCAGAUAUACAAGAGCGCCAUCGAGGCCGCAGCCAUGAUUCUGCGUAUCGACGACGUGGUCAGCGGGAUAGGCAAGGAGGACAAGCUGCAGAAGCCCGUGCAGAACGAGUUCGACUAG